ACGUUCAGUCGACAUUCGUAGCAAAUCCAGCAAAUCGCAGUGCGACGGGCGGGCUGGCGGAGUGCGUCGUGCGUGCCGUCAGAUAGACAAACAUACUUCGCCGAUCAGCGAUCGUCAAGUACCCGAAACCUGAUCGCGCACCUCGCAUCUGCACUUGCAGUCAACGCCGCCGUCGGGGAAUAAAUCACAUCCAGCUGUAGCUGUGUGUGCAGGGUGCAUCCAUUCCACAAUUAAGCGUGUCAUCAUUGGUAUUCGCAAGGAGAUACUACACUCGGAUUACGCGUGCAACUCGUGUCUUGCGGGGGUUGUGCUUGGAAGCGAGGGUGUGGAUGUGCGAUGCGAACUCGUCGGUGAGCCCUCUCUCGACCUAAUUCGCAAUCGGGCCACCAUCGAAGUCGAAAAAAUGUCCACAUUCAGGUCGGGCGCGUUGUGAGUAGUGAACUCACGGGCUGAUGGUGCUUCAUCGCUAACAAAGAGACGAGAGACAAGAAAACCAGCACGAAAUUGCGUGCUCACGUGAGAGUUUCUAUCGGAAACACUGUGUCUGUGAUUAAAUUUAGUGAAAUUGCAUGCAAAAUGAUGAAAAUGGAGACGGACAAGAUCAUCGAGGAUUCUAACAGUAACUCACAGUUCGGCAUGACGAUGCUGUACGAUCCCGCGCGCAAGAAAGAGCUCUCGGCAACGUUCAACGCCGAGCGCGAGGCGUGCCUCAAAUGCUUCGAAAAAUGGAGCGAGACGGAUCAGGUGGAGUUUGUCGAGAAUCUACUCGCUCGGAUGUGCCACUAUCAGCACGGACACAUCAACUCCUAUCUCAAGCCCAUGCUACAAAGAGACUUUAUCUCAUUACUGCCCAAAAAAGGUCUGGACCACGUGGCAGAAAACGUCCUUUCGUAUCUGGAUGCCGAGAGUCUAUGCGCGGCGGAAUUGGUCUGUAAAGAAUGGCUGCGUGUUAUUUCCGAGGGUAUGCUCUGGAAGAAACUUAUCGAGCGUAAGGUACGCACGGAUUCCCUCUGGCGUGGAUUAGCAGAGCGCCGACAAUGGAUUCAGUAUCUGUUCAUCCCGCGUCCAGGCGAGAAUCAUCGUCCACACACGUUCUACCGUUCGUUAUAUCCGAAGAUCAUUCAAGACAUCGAUAGCAUCGAGAGCAAUUGGCGUAAUGGUCGACAUAUUCUACAACGUAUAAAUUGUCGCAGUGAGAACAGCAAAGGUGUUUAUUGUCUACAAUAUGACGAUCAGAAGAUUGUCAGUGGUCUGCGCGAUAAUACGAUCAAGAUUUGGGACCGUAGCACGCUGAUGUGUACGAAGAUACUCACCGGACACACUGGGUCUGUGCUGUGUUUACAGUAUGAUGAUAAGGUGAUUAUAAGCGGGUCCAGCGAUUCAACUGUACGCGUGUGGAACGUCCAAUCUGGUGAGAUGGUCAAUACACUGAUUCACCACUGCGAGGCUGUGCUGCAUCUAAGAUUUAAUAAUGGCAUGAUGGUUACGUGUUCAAAGGAUCGAUCAAUUGCCGUGUGGGACAUGACGUCCGAAUCCGAGAUAACUCUGCGUCGCGUGCUCGUCGGGCAUCGAGCGGCUGUGAAUGUGGUGGACUUUGACGAGAAGUACAUCGUCUCGGCGUCGGGGGAUCGCACCAUCAAGGUGUGGAACACAUCGAAUUGUGAGUUUGUGCGGACGCUCAACGGCCACAAGCGCGGCAUCGCAUGUCUGCAAUAUCGCGAUCGUCUGGUCGUCAGCGGCAGCUCGGAUAACACGAUUAGAUUAUGGGAUAUCGAAUGUGGUACCUGCAUACGAAUAUUGGAAGGUCACGAGGAGCUUGUUCGGUGUAUACGUUUCGACUCGAAACGCAUCGUGAGCGGCGCCUACGACGGCAAAAUCAAGGUCUGGGAUCUCAUUGCGGCGCUGGACCCCCGCAAGCCGGCGAACGCGCUCUGCCUGCGCACACUGGUGGAACACACCGGGCGCGUGUUUCGGCUGCAGUUCGACGAGUUCCAAAUCGUUAGUAGUUCACACGACGACACCAUUCUCAUCUGGGACUUCCUCAACUCUUCUGAGAACAACACGCCGAAAAACAACACGAGCAGCUCCACGCAGAUGUCAUCAACGCGUAGUCCUUCACCAACAUUCGAAGACUUUUGAUUUAAUUUACACUUUCAUUUGGCUUGGCGCCCAGCGACGCCGUCGUCGUUUCACUGUGGGAUUGUCGCGUUGAUUGUCUUGUUGCAGCUUUCGAGUGAUAGUACGAGUGGACGCCGAACCCAAUGGAAGCCAACGCAAGGUGGUCACGUCGAUCGCAACAAAUACAAACGUUCAUAUUCAAAGUCAGUGAUUUAAAUCGAGUGUUUGAUUUCCGCUCUCAGCUGGUCGAUUUCUGGUAAAUUGUAUAUUCAUGCGAGUGCAGGACAAGACAUAAGCUGGACAUUUGUUGCUUGGAAUGCAUCCCGUGGAUGUGGAUGGCGUCAAAAAAAUUGUGACCUUUUAUUUAGUUUAUUAUAAUGCGCUGACAUCACAUUAGCAAGUCGAAGAUGAAAAAAAAAAAACAUUCAAAUGGGCAGUGACAGUAAGACGAGUAAAUUUGUUUAGCUGUAAGCCUCUGGACGGUAGAUGUAUAGUUAUUAUUAUUAUCAUUUUUUGGAAAUAUGUAUCGCUCGACGUAAAACUCAUAUUUCAAUUUGACAUUCGUUUGUUUUUAUACGUUAAGGAAUUGUAUUAUGUAUAGAAUAUUUUAAUUUCAAUCAACGAUGCCGCCGCGCCGGUAGAAACUUGGAUUAGCUGCUGGUUUUUUUCUCCUUUUUCUUAGACAAUUUCAUUUAUAUGUUUAGCAAUUUGAGAUAUGUAGUCAUUUUAAGAAAGUUUAUCGCAUUGUUAUUGCUUUACGUCGUUAGAAUUUUUAAAUAGGCGUCGUAUUUUUAUUUUCUCGCCCCCCCUCGGAACAUCAUAUGAUGCGUUCGGUGCCGUUUCAGCGCCGUGUGAGAUUGCGUUAUAUUUUUAUUGAGGAAUUUGUGAGCAUAUGGUGCGAUUAUUGCGACAUUUACGAAAAUCUACAUGUAAUCUCUUUGUUUUCGGCCGUAUUUGUUGUGCAGCAGUUGCAUUUAUGUAUGUAUAAAUAUUUAUAAACAAAUGAUGCACUGAUAGUGUUAUAAAGUAUAACAAAAAAAACUUGAAAAAAAAAAACGAAUAUUAAAAACAUUCAACUAUUGAUAUCGAUUUGUAUGUACUAAAAAAAACAUGGAUGGAAGACACUGCAUUUUAAUUGAAAAACUGAGAAAUAAACGAAACUAUUACGAUUCAUCUGCAACAAUAGUGACAAAGUAAUAUGUAUGGAUUAUAGCCUAAAAUUUAUUGAGAAACAUGAGCUUUUUGUGAUAAAAACGAGAAAAUAAAACUGAAUGAAGUACAA